AUGAAGCUCACAUCGCAGAACACACUUGAUACGCGGGUCGGUGCCAUGGUUGAGACGUGGCACGAGGCAGCGGAUCUCUUCAACCAACAUAUCUUCAGUGGGAACCCCAUCGGUCUCAAUGGCAACCUUGACUUGCUGAAGCGACUCAUCAUGGACGGCAAGUUUGCUGGCUCUGAUCUGGAUCUCCUAUCUGCGGAGGAGUUGAACGGUCACAUCAAGAAGGCCCUCUACGGACAGCUGAUCCCCCUGACCUGGGCGAGCUCGACGUGCCUUCAAUACCAGGGUUUCGAACGGGCGCAUACAAACGGUCAGCGCCAUAAGACGACGGACUUUGUCAACGAGGACUGGGGAGGAAAGCCCCAGGGUUAUGGCCAGUCGGAACACUACCUUUGCAACUAA